GCCCGCGCUCAGUGUGCGGACGACCACCGCGGUGCCCCGCUCGCACGUGCAUCAGCAUCUUGUUCCUGGCUGUGAUCGGUACAGACUUCUAACCAGCUUGGCUGAGCAAGAAGUGUACACCAGCAUGGAUAAGCCGGACUUGUACAACCUCGGGUGUGCUCCCCUCACGCUGCUGGCCGCCAAGCAGGUUGACGAGCUGUGGCCGGUCCUCACGUGGCCGAGGCAGCCGCUGCCGGUGCUCGACAUUGGCUGCGGGCCCGGUGACGUCGCCAGGAAGGUUUUAGCCCCGCGGCUGCCACCGGGUACGAAGCUGGUGGCCUGCGACAUCAGCACAAAGAUGCUGGAGUUCUGCAGGCAGCACAACGCGCUGCCAGGCACCAUCACGUACGAGCAGCUAGACGUGGUUCAGCCCGACCUGGAGAACUCCGCCGUGUGGCAGUACGCGCCCUUCGGCAAGGUGUUCUGUUUGCUGCUGCUGCAUUGGGUGCCCGACAAUAGGCGUGCUGUCCAGAACAUUCAAAAGCUGUUGGUGCCUGGAGGAGUGGCUGUCUUCAGCAUAAUAGCUAACAUGGUGAAUAACACAGCAUUUGAAGAAAUGGCGAAAGACUCGCUUUGGGCGCGGUACAUGCAGGACGUGGAGAAGUUCGUUUCUCCGUACCAGCACAGUGAGGACCAAGUGAGCGACUUCCGCCAGCUGCUGCAGAGCGAGGGCUACCAGGUGCUGCGCUGCGACGUGGCGCCACAGGUGGUCUUCUUCCCGAGUGAGAUGCAGCGCAGAGAUUUUCUGAAGUCAGUAUGUCCAUUCCUGGACCGAGUUCCGGAAGACCAGAAGGAUAAUUUCUUAGAUGAUUUGCUACAGCGUAUGGAGAAACUGAAUGGAUUAUCAAAGGACGUUGGAAGCAGUGAAGAGCCGAAAUACUACACCCACUUUAACAUGAUGGUGGCUAUGGCCAGAAAACUGUAAUUGGGAGUUUUGCACCACCGCUUGAACAAUAAACAAUAUUUA